CGGAGAGCCAUUCAGUCGAAGAGAGUCCUUUGUUGAGAACUGUUUGAGUUGUACGGAAAUUCGCCAACCGAAAUCAAAAUAGCAAUUGUUAGGUGUGUGCGACAGUAAAAUAAAAGGAGAUAGAAGGAAAAGUGUGACCUUGUGCUUCGAUAAUAUUUUAACCGGCGAAGGUCGAAAGCGAUAACAAUCGAUAAACGAGCCAAGAGAAUACGGUGAAUUUACCUGUCCUGCAUCUGCACACCCGGAGAUUGUUUGAUUUUUUUUUGUGAAAAAUGGCCGACAGUGCAAACAAACGCAACAUCCCGAUCAAACUGGGUGACUUCAGUGUGAUCGAUACGGAGUUUUCUAGCAUCCGUGAGCGUUUCGACUCCGAAAUGCGAAAAAUGGAAGAGGAGAUGGCUAAAUUUAGAUCGGAACUGAUGAACCGGGAGUCGAACUUCUUCGAGACCACCUCCAGUUUUUCCACCAAAAAGACAGCAACGUCCAGCAGCACAACCACAUCGAACGCAUCAUCGGCACUGAAACACCCACAAGCAGCAUCGGCACAGGAUAUCAACUCGCCACUGAUACAGGAAGACGGUGACAAUAAAGUGCUAAAGCUACGGUUCGAUGUAAGCCAGUAUGCCCCAGAGGAAAUUGUGGUCAAAACAGUGGAUAACAAACUAUUGGUCCACGCAAAACACGAGGAAAAAUCCGACACUAAGUCCGUGUACAGGGAGUACAACCGUGAGUUCCUGCUGCCGAAGGGAUGCAAUCCAGAGUUGAUCAAAUCAUCGCUCAGUAAGGACGGUGUCCUCACGGUGGACGCUCCGCUGCCACUGCAGGCCCUGACCGCCGGUGAAACCAUGAUUCCAGUUGCCCACCAUUAAUCGGUGCGGUGAAAAUUACUACCACCCCCCCCAAAACCAGCCACAAUUGCAUAAAAAACACACACACGCAUACAGAAUCGUGCUUCUUUCUAGCCAUAAUGAGAUGUUAGCGCAUUCAGUGAACGGAAUCAGAAAUCGAAAAAAAACAAUGCUUUUAUACUCAUGUUUGUACCAGUUUGUUUCACCAGCGACGAAAAUGGUGUCCUAUUUUAAACACUGAAGCUUUAUUAAGACAACAACAUAUUACCGACUAUAAUAUCCAUGUAAACAGAACCAUCACCUGUCGGGAGAACUAAGCCAUCUCCUCUGGAUCAGAUAAACGAUGUGAUAGGGCGAAUGCGCACAGAACUACUUAAACUCAUCACCGAACCAACAAUCAAGAGCAGCCAGCAAACAGAAACAACAACACCCCUCUCUACAGUAACAGUAUCAAGUGGCCUUUAUUCAGUUUUGUCAGUUUUUCAUGUCUGCAGUAAUAGUGAACCGUUUUGACGAAGCGUAGAACUACGUAAUUCAGACAGAUUUUUCAUCGGCAAAUCGUUAUUGAUUACAACAGCAAACUCGGUAGUAGCAAACUUUUCAACAAACUUAGGUUGAUUGAUAUUGGACGUUGUUGUAGCCGACGUUCAGUGCAUGGGCGCGAAUCGAUAUUGAAAGGCUGUGCCUGAGCAUCACCAAUUAUAUAUCCGUAAUACCAUCGAUAUUAUACAACGCAAAAGUCGGACUACAACAGCCAUUUGUGUAUUCGUGCUUUAUUUAUUUUUUAUAUAACGUAACAUCUGAGAAAAAAAGUGAAAUAUACGACAGACAAAACAGAA